AUGCCUCACAAGUCUCGUUGGACGGUCCCCGUGCAGGAGUGCUCCUUACCGACCUUUCUCUUCAGGUCGCCCACGCACCCGUUAGGCUCCAAGCGCUGCUUUUCCGAAGCGGAACGUCCUGGCACUCAUUACUUCACACGUGACCAGUUUCGGCUGUGGGCUCAACGAUUUGCAUUAGGUCUACAACGGUCCAAGCACUUCCAAAAGGGCGACCGCAUUCUGCUCUUCAGCGGAAAUGACCUCUUUGUACCUGUGGUCUUUAUGGGUGUCUUAUGCGCCGGUGGCAUCUUCACCGGCGCCAAUCCGACGUUCGUGGCCAGAGAGCUGGCCCACCAACUGAAGGACAGUGGCGCCACCUACCUCCUGUGUGCGGAUGCAUCCCUUGACACAGGAAUGGAAGCGGCCAGACUGGCAGGACUCAACUGUACAGAGCGGGUGUUCGUCUACAACGCGAAGGUUUACGACGGAGAAGCCGAAGGCUUGAAGGGUUGCAGACAUUGGAGCGAGCUGAUUGCCCCACCAGAAGAUGCGAGAGGGUUUCAAUGGGACGAUCUCACCGGUCCAGGAGAAUGCCACAAAACGCUGGCCUUGAACUAUAGCAGCGGUACCACAGGUGUCCCGAAAGGUGUUGAGAUCAGCCACAAAAACUACAUCUCCAACACGGUCCAGGUGGCUCAACUGGCAACACUGUGGCCUGACCACGAGGCUCGGGCUGCCCGGGCUUCCUGGCUCUGUUUUCUUCCCCUCUACCACGCCUACGGCCAGACAUAUUAUUUGGCAGGAGCCUUCAAUCGGCAGAUCCCGGUCUACAUCAUGCCCAAGUUCGAUUUCCUCAAGUUCCUCCAAUACAUCCAAGAAUUCCGCAUUACCGACCUCACCCUAGUCCCACCAAUUGCCGUCCUGCUGGCGAAACAUCCAGCCGUGGUCAAGUACGACCUGAGUUCCGUUGAGAAUGUGGGCUCCGGAGCUGCGCCGUUGGGCAGAGAGGUGUCCGAGCAAGUCGAACGGCGGUUGGGCAAUCGAUUGAACAUGAAGCAAGGAUGGGGCAUGACCGAGUGUACAUGCUCAUUACUGGGCUGGGACCCUAACAAGAUCUCCACGACAAACUCGGUCGGUGAACCCAAUGCCAACUGUGAAGCCAAGAUCAUGACGGAAGACGGCACCGAAGUCACCACUCGUGGGCCCUCUGCUGUUGGCGAGCUAUGGUGUCGCGGACCAAACGUGAUGAAAGGCUAUUGGCACAACCCACUGGCCACGGCCGAGACACUGACAACGGAUGGCUGGUUGAAGACGGGAGAUAUUGCCUAUGUUGACAACGACGGCAUGUUCUUCAUCGUCGACCGCAAAAAGGAGCUCAUCAAAGUCAAGGGAAACCAAGUUGCCCCGGCCGAGCUUGAGGCCCUGUUGCUGGAGCACUCCGGUAUCGCCGACGCCGCUGUAAUCGGCAUGCCAACCGAGGACGGCGACGAACAGCCCCGCGCUUUCAUCUUACGGCAGGUCGGCCCUGAUGGGGAAGCACUAACUGCCGAUGAGGUUGCCAAAUUCGUUGAAGGAAAGGUCGUCCGUUACAAGCGUCUGACCGGUGGAGUUGAGUUUGUUGAUGCAAUACCAAAGAACCCAUCGGGGAAAAUUUUAAGAAGGAAAUUGAGAGACCAAACAAGAGAGAGGAUGAGAAGGGAGGGGGCGAGAUUGUAA